AUGGAGGUGAUGAGGCGGCGACGGUCCGGCCAGGUAAGCCCUGGCAGGGAAGUCGAGGAGAGCCGGGCACUGGCCGGGGGCGAGCUGGUGGCGGACGAGGGAGAAGAUCCUGAGAUGGGUGAGCCGAUGGAGGGUGAUGACACCCUGGAGGUUCACUCGGCAGAUGGCCGUGCAUCCACCAGGGAGGCAUCAACGGCAAGAUCGGCGAGGCCGGGCAUGGAUGAUGAGCCUUUGGUGGAGAGGGAAUCGAGCUCUACGGCCUCUAGGGAGUACCACGAGGUCGAGCCCUUCGGCAUCCAGGAGAUCGGGCUCUCUGGUGAUGAGGAGGAGCCGGUCAGGACACCUUUGAAGGCUGCGGAGGGAGAAGCAGCGGCAAAGAGGAAUCGGGCCAGGGCCUUCAUCGCCGGAGGAGAGGGUCCGCCGGAGGAGGGCUGGCGGAACAAGGGGCCUUCAGGUGGAGGUGGAGAGGAUUGGGAUGGCGCAGGAAGCGCCGGAGACAAGGGGAGGCCAGCGACACCUGAGGACCGUCUGGAGGGGGAACUCAGCAGGGUGAUGAUCGAGGAGUACGGGGCGGUCAACAUGAACCUGGCUGAGGCGUUGCGGCAGCGGAAUGAGCUGCGACAUAAGGUGGAGCAACUGGAGCUGGAGAAGAUCGUGGUGGAGGCGGAGGCCGAGCAGAACCGGAGGAUGGCAGAGCUGUGGGAAUCACGGGCGCGGCAGGCCGAGAAGCACGUGGAGCUCUUGACCGAUCAGAUCACGGUGCUGGAACAACGGCCUCAGCAAUUUCACACGCCGCAGCAGGAGGAGGAGCCGCAGCCACCGAGGCCGGAAACACCUCCACCACCGCCUCCGGGAAUUCGGUCCAAGAGGCAAAAGCUGGAGAUGACGCCGGGUGGCACCAGGGUGCCGCAGGUCUACGUCAAGGGAGGAGAAGCCGGCUGCAAGCAGACCGAGGUGGACAAGGUCGAGGAAGCGGUGGAGAGCUUCGCGGAGUACCUCCAGGCGGAGUCGGAAACGGCGGAGUUGGCAAAGGGCGGCAAGGAGGCCGCUCCCAAGGUGAAGGCGAUGGGUGGUGCAGGAAAGGAGGAGGCUGGAGCGGUGGUGGAAGAAGAAAUGGAGGAGGUCGCCGUCGAGGAGACCGGUGGGAAGGACAAGCUGAUGGCGGAGGCGACGCAGCUGUUGAAGAGCCUCAGGAUGAAGAAGCUCAAGGCGGCGAGGCUGUCAAAGAUCGGGGAGUGCCAAAGUUGGGGGCUUCUUGAUGGAGGGGCCACGCAUGCGCUCAGGCAAGCGCGGAAGGGUGAGACGGACCGCAUGGUGGAGCUUGCGGAUGGCCGGGAGGUGGUGAUGCAGAUGACGGAGGGUCACACCUUGAUCUGCAAGGAAGCCACGCAGGUCAUUGUGCCGCUUGGAGCGUUGUACCUGCUGGGCUACAGGAUCCGCUGGGAGGAGGGUAUCUGCUGCAUCGAGCACGCGAGCCGAGGCCCGUUGCCGGUGAGGAUGAGGCAGUUUUGCCCGGAAGUCCCGACGGAGGUGGCUCUGAGGUUGGUGGAGGAGCUGGAGGAGUUCAACAAGGGAUUGCUCCGGAGGGCGGCUACAGCGGCGACCAAGAGCAUGAGGAAGCCGGACGUCAAGAAGGGCCUGUGCGGCAGGGUGGCGGAGGCAUGGAAGAAAGGAGAGAUGGAGAAGGUGAAGGGGGAGUUCGAGCAGCUCUUCCCGGAGGUGCCGGUGGCGCUGCUGGAGAGGGCCCUGGGCACAGGAGAAGGAAGGGGAAUCGCCUGGAACCGGGCGGCGAGGAGGAGGCAUGCCAAGGCGACAGGGUUGAUCCUGCAUCUCUUCGCCGGGAAGAGUGCGAAGAAGUUCAACUACGGGCAGUGGGACAGGGAGGUCAUUGCGGUGGAUAUCCUGUCGGGCCAGGAUUUGCUGGAGGAGGACACCUUCGGGUACCUGGCUGGUUUGGCGGCGGAAGGAAGGACGGAGGGGGUCAUGGGUGGACCGCCGUGUAGGACGUACUCCUACUGCCGGCACUUUGAGCCUGGCCCGUAUCCGGUCCGAGGAAGAGGAGAAGAGCGGUUUGGCUAUGAGGAGCUGAGCGACGCUGAAGCAAGGAAAGUGGAGGGCGACAGUGUCUCGAUGCUGCGCAUGUGGAUCCUGGCGGUGCUGGCGAACGGUGGCCGGGAGCUGGUGGGUCUGAAGGCAUGGAUGGUCAAGGAGCACCCGGAGGACCCGAGGAGCUUUGUUAGUGAAGAGGAGUGGGAGAAGGCCAAGGCCCGGGGGGGCGAACCGCCUUCGAUCUGGGACUGGCCGGAGGUCACGGCGUUGGAGGAGGUGCUGGGACUCAUCAGGGUGAAGUUUGACCAGGGCGCGAUGGGCCACAUAAAGAGGAAGCCGACGAUGCUGCUGACCAGCAUCAAGGACCUACGGCAGCUGGACGAAUGGGCGCCGGGGUCGGUGGCGGCGCUGGAUGAGGAGGGGCAUCGCUAUUUGUUGGUGGGCUCCUAUGUCACGGCGGUGGCGGAGAACAUGGCCAAGGAAGACGAAGUGGAGAAGGAAGCCGGGGGAGAAGGAGAAGACCCGAGUGAGGACCCGUUUGAGGAGAUGUUUGAUGAGGAAGGGGCCUUGAGGACCAUCAUGUUGGUGGAGCCGCUGAGGACCAGGAGAGCAGCGGAGGUGAUUGCGGCGACGCAGUCGAUGGACCAAUGGCCGGGCGGAGGCAGCGGUUGGCUGGGUGAAGCGGAAAGCGCGGGCGCUGCUGCUGCGGCGGGGGCCAACGCCAAUUUGUGGCAUGGGGCAGCCUUGCAAGCGGUGGAGAUCAGGAAUCGGAAGAUCAUGCGAGAGAUGGGUUCUCCACAGCUGCAGCUGCCGGUCUUCGGUCAAAAGGUGGUGGUGAAGAAGAGGAGAUGGAAGAGAGAGGCUUGGGAGGCGAUCACGCAGAACGCAACCUAUGUGGGGCCGUGCCCGGACAUGACCUUCGGGUUGAGGGUGAUGGACCAAGGGGGCAGCAUCUACACGGUGUCGCAGGUCGUGCCAGAGCCGAGGGACCAGAAGGUGGACAUCCCGGUGGUGGGACUGGAUCGAUGCGAGCAGGUGGUAUGGUCGCAAGAGAAGGAUCGGUGCCUUGAGUUGGUCAUGGAUGACUUGGAGAUGGGGGGCACUGGAGAGGAGUGGGCCGAGGUGGAGGAGAUGGUGGAGAACGCCCAAAGGAUCCUCAUCGAUGCGAAGGUUGUGGAGCCGGGCAUCAUGUGGGAGGUGACGAAGGUGAAGGAGAAGCUCAUCCCGGUACCGAAGGAGAUCGAGAGGGACGGGGAGGACGAGGAGCAGGACAUGGAGAUGGUUCGGCGAGGCGGGCCUAUGACAUGGGAAUCUACCUGUUGGGCUUCCUCGAAGUUGGAGUUCGGUGCCGCGGCGGAGGGCCACGGGGAGAAUGGGGAGUACGUGUAUGAGAGGGGCAUGAACACCGUGGAGGUCUACGCGGACGCAGGCUUCGGGCCGGAUGGAGGCCGCUCGCAGCAGGGGGUCAUCGUAUGUUAUGGUGGCUGCCCAAUCCAUUGGACGAGCACGCGGCAGCCGUUUGUGGCAAGAUCGACCGCGGAGGCUGAGUUGUUGGCAGCCAUGGAGGGGGUGCCGCAAGGGGAAGCCUGGGCGGAAAUCAUCGCCGACAUGGAGGACAGGAAGGUCGCAUCGGUGUGGGACAGGGCGGGCAUCGAUGUGGAAGGACGGGACCAGCUGAAGUCGUUGAAGCUGGUGAUGAUGCAGGCCUUGGGAAGCUCUCGCUUGAGAGCACUGGCCGAGAUGAUGGGUAUGAAGAUGGGCGAGAGCGACGCGAUCCCGGAGAAGGACGAGAACCUUGUGGAGGUCGGGGAGGGGAACGCGGCCAAGGUGAGGGUGGUGCACAGCAUUGAGCACGAGCGAGGCCUGAAGGUCUUGACGGGCAUCACGUGCAUUAUGCUGGCUGAUGCAGCUGGCAUGGAGGAUGAGGAGGCUUCCCGGGAGGAGCUUCUGUUUUGGACGGCGCUUCUGGUGGCGGUGGUGGCCGCGUGGGAGGCGUUGAAGUGGAGUGCGAAAGGCAGGAACGGAGCACAGAAGGAGGAGGAAGGCCGGGCAGCAGUGGUGCUGCAGACGGGCUCGAGAAAGAGGAAGCCGAAGGAGAAGAUCGGGCCGGAGAAGAUCACGGUGAUGAGGACGUCAGGGCCUGUCUUUGUGCUGGGCGGCGACUACACGGUGGGGUCGCGGUCUGGACUGAGGGAGUUUGUGGGUUUCACGAUCUUCAAGAAGAAGCAGGAGGUGGGGUCUUGA